AAUAAGUAGGCCUUUAACACAAACAGAAGCAAGAGAGUUGGUUAAUGCUUGAACAAUCUUCUAUAAAAAGAAAGUUGAACAGUAACCACAGGGAUGAAAUGUCACAACCUUGGGAUGUGAGAAACUUUUUUUUAUUUUUAUUACAGUAAUUACUUCGUUAUGGAUCACAUCCAUGAAAACAGACUUUAUCAGAGUAGUAAAGAAGGGUAGGGUGUGUAUGCCAAUUAAGGAGACAUAAAAAAGUUGAAUACACACAAAAACAUAUAUUCACGAGUACCUGUAGUGCAAAGGUCAGUCUGUAGCCAGGAUAUAUUACUGUCAUAUGAUGAGAAAACUCCACCGAGUAACACACUUACAUUCACAAUCACGUCUGCAAAUAAUAAUAAUAAUAAUAUGGAAAAAAUAUAUAUAUUUUUUAUUACAUGCUUGUUUUGUACAAAAAUAUUAGGUUACAAAAAUAAUCUAUAGGUAAACUAAAACAAAAUAUCAAAACAUUGAACAUAUCCAUAAUUUAGUUAUAGAACACGUUAAAAAGAAAUAUUUAUUAUUUGAAUAAAUCAACUUAAUUAAACAAAAAAGUCAAACAUAUGACAAUAGCAUCUUAGAAUGCCUUAUUGAAAGCAACAACAAAACAGUUUGGUGGACAUCUUACGGUGAACUUUCAAAGAAGUUCAUGUUCACUGUGUUUAUAAGAUUCGCGUUAAUGGCCUACUCUUUCAGUAUUCAUGACUUUGGAAUUCUGACCGAAGUUUGACAGAAGUGUAACUGCAGUGUUAUUUUGGUUGCACUGUGUGUUUAUUUUAUUAUUUUUUUUUUUUAUGGUAAUUUACCAACACAGGAGGAAGAUAUUAAUAUUUGUCUCAUUUAAAAAUGUCACUUCUGCUUGGUCCCAAUUCUCCUAAUAUUCAUCCUAAACAGUAUCUGAGAUUAGAAUUAGCGUGUGUCCCAAAUCAUAGAGUGUUGAAACGAGUAUCUGAAAGGUACCCGGAUGGCCUACUGUUUCCGGUAGAUUUUCGAAGUCUGUGUAUCCGUGAGCGCUUUUUGAGCUAAUACUGCCCACAACUUGCGCGAGGGAGGGAGGAGUUUUGUGACGUUUUGCUUUGCCGAAAAUACAACCUGCAAACUUGGCGGACCAGUAUAACGUCGGUGAUGCGUAUUCAGUAUUUAAGUAUAAAAAUGUAAAUGUUAAGCACUAAAUAGAAAUCUAAAUAAAAAUCAAUUAAACGAUAUCGUAUACGAAAAGCUGAAGUGCAAUGAGGAGUUUGUUUACGACAACAACGUUCCCUUCCGUUACGUGACGUAUUCGUACGUCCCAGUACUUGCAUACUCUUUUGCUACACACUCAGAGGUAUGUAGUUUUUCUUUGCAAAAAGACUACAUACUUUUAGUGCAUAAUACUAUAUAAGUAGAGGAAUUGGGACACGGCGUUAGUCUUUACGUUGUCAGUGGAAAAGAUUGUGUGGUAGCUAACUAAAUAAAAUAAGUUGGCUUUCCUCGGCUUAGCCUGAUUGGCUGUAGGCCCCGGUUACCUAGCAACAUGGACCUAGUCAGUGAAUGGUGAGUGGGUCAUCUGUUUACCUGAAUUAUCUAUUGUGAUAAUUUUCCUGACAAACGAGAAGACUGAUUUCACAAAUAAUGUUUAUUCAGAUUACUGUCUGUUGAACAGUGGCAAGUUCCGUCACAGCCUCACAGCUCCAGGGUCCCUGGUUCAAUCCUGUGAAAGUCCCAGAAUUCCAGUGUGUGUAUUCCCACCUCAUGCCCAGUGUUCCCGGGAUAUUCUCCGGACUCAGUGGAACCCUGACCAGGAUAAAGUGCUCAUGAAAAUGAACAGAUUAAGAUUUUUUUUUUUCUGUAUACGUUUAGGACAUGGAAUAGCAUUUUAUUGGUGACUCAUUGUUACAGAGGUAAAGUAAUUAAAAUGUUUAUUAUUUAUUUUAUUUUUUUACAGAACACUUAAAACAAAGGUCCAACAUAUUCUCAAAUAUGUAAUGUUGUCACACAGGGGCGUGUCCUGUUGUCUGGGCGACUAAAAUAACGGCCAACUGGAAAACUCAAGGCCUCUAUUAACACAUAAAGAGUUAAUUUUCUCUCGAGUUAUUGGACGUGGUUAGCUAGCUAGCUUCACACAACACGGAAAGAAAACAAUUUGUCCGAAUUUGUGCAAAAAAAAACGCCAUUUUUAACUGAGGAGAUCUUAGCAUGCUAUCCUAACCCUAACCCAACCGCCCGCUCACGCGCCCCUACCCUUCUCUAAUGCGCGAGAGGGAAACUUUCCCACAAGCCGUGGACUUUUGAGAGGGAGAGACGCGCUCGCGCUUCCACACACACACACACACAUAUAUAUACACACGCGCAGAGCUCGCGCUCCAGCAGCAGAUACAGCUUUCCUCUUUCCACAGGAGCAGAAACAGCCGAUAGUUGGUUUUACUUUAGUUUAACCUGAACAAUAAUGUCUUUUAUUCGACUGGUAUGCUAAAUUUGGAUACUUUUCUCAGACGGUUUCUCAAAAUAAACUAACGGGGAAGGAUAAAAACAAACAAACAAACAAACAAACCAACCAAUUUCUGUCAAAGAUGAACAGCCAAAUGGAAAACGAGACUAGCGAAUACAGCAACGGCUCCGAGGAAGAGGUGAGUCUAUUAAAGGUUCGGACUCUGUUCGUCAGCGGUUUGCCGUUGGACAUCAAACCCCGUGAGCUUUACCUGCUGUUCAGACCAUUUAAGGGAUACGAAGGGUCGCUGAUCAAACUUACAUCAAAACAGCCGGUCGGCUUCGUGAGCUUCGACAGCAGAUCAGAGGCUGAAGCAGCCAAGAACGCCCUGAAUGGAGUACGUUUUGACCCGGAGAUUCCCCAGACUUUACGGCUGGAGUUUGCCAAAGCCAACACCAAGAUGGCCAAGAGCAAACUGGUAGGGACGCCCAACCCCCCUCCGUCUCAGCAGAGCCCUGGACCGCCCUUCAUCAGCCGGGAAGCUUAUGAGCUCACAGUUCCUGGUCUGUAUCCUAGCAACCCUGACGUGUGGGCAUCAUACCCGCUGUACCCUGCUGACCUAUCACACACCCUCGCUCCCGCUUUCACCUACCCCUCCUCCCUACACGCUCAGAUCCGUUGGCUCCCUCCAGCUGAUGCUCAGGGCUGGAAGUCCAGGCAGUUCUGCUGAAAUAUGUGUUCCUUAUGUGUGAUGGUGGCUAUGGAUGGACUUGAGCUACUACCCUCUCUUUCUCUCUCUUACUUUUUGUCAAUCUUUAUUUCUCUCUCUCUCUCGUGCGCGUGCGCUCUCUCUCUCUCUCUCUCUCUCUCUCUCUCUCUCUCGCGCGCUCUCUCUCUUUCUCGCGCUCUCCAUUCACAAAGUCCAAACCAGGGACCUCCAGACUCACCUUCCUCAGUCAUGGACCACAGGUCACCAACUCUUCCCCUGGGUUUAAAGCGCAAAUCAAGACCAGCUCUGCCUCCAUCACACAUCCCCCUCCCCUUUCUCUACUGUUACACCACUGACACUUUCAUGGAAUGAGUGCACAUGGGCCUGCAUCUCUCUCUCUGUCUCUGUCUCUCUCUCUCUCUCUCUCUCUCUCUCUCUCUCUCUCUCUCUCUCUAUCUCUCUCUCUAAAGAGAACUUUUAGUUAUGUAUUACAGUAUUGUUGUAUUAUUUUAAACAUAAGUCUGACUACCGUCAUUUGAAAAUGUAACACUCUUACAUUGCCAGUCAAAAAGUUUCAGUUUUAAAUAAUUCAGUCGCUCUCUUUAGCCAGUUUUAAUAAGGGUUCCUAUAGACAACAGGACGAACAGUUAGAAUCCAUCAUGGCGGCGCUCGUUGGUUUCCCGGGAAGAAGGUGGACUGCCAAAACCCAAACAAAAUGAUACGCGGUAGCAGUUAAAUACAGAGAGCUAAAUCUGUUUGGAUUUUAACUGCUUGCUCUAAGAUCCUAAUGCGACUCGAAGACAGUGCCAAAGUAGAUUAGAUCUAGAUUGUUCCAAUAAUAUAAAAGAAUUUCUCAACAUUAAACACUAAACAUUAAUAAACAUUUCUCGAGUCAGUAAACAUUUAACAAUAAACAUUUCUCGAGUCAGUAAACAUUUAACAAUAAACAUUUCUCGAGUCGGUAAACAAUUAACAAUAAACAUUUCUCGAGUCGGUAAACAUUUAACAAUAAACAUUUCUCGAGUCGGUAAACAUUUAACAAUAAACAUUUCUCGAGUCGGUAAACAUUUAACAAUAAACAUUUCUCGAGUCGGUAAACAUUUAACAAUAAACAUUUCUCGAGUCGGUAAACAUUUAACAAUAAACAUUUCUCGAGUCGGUAAACAUUUAACAAUAAACAUUUCUCGAGUCGGUAAACAUUUAACAAUAAACAUUUCUCGAGUCGGUAAACAUUUAACAAUAAACAUUUCUCGAGUCGGUAAACAUUUAACAAUAAACAUUUCUCGAGUCGGUAAACAUUUAACAAUAAACAUUUCUCGAGUCAGUAAACAUUUAACAAUAAACAUUUCUCGAGUCAGUAAACAUUUAACAAUAAACAUUUCUCGAGUCAGUAAACAUUUAACAAUAAACAUGUCUCGAGUCAGAAAACACGCUAAAAUAUUGUUGUUUAAAUCCUUUUUUCUGGCAGUGACGCUCCGUGCUCGGGCUGAUCAGAUCUCAGACAGGUUGUGUGUGUGUGUGUUCAGGAUGCAGGCCAUAUGUGUCACUUCCUUCCAUGUAAAUGUUGUGGUUGUGUAUUAAACAAUAUUAUCUUUAUAACCUA